CUUCGGAUCGGGAGUCAGUAUAGCAGCGUUCAUCCGAAGUUCAACAUCACGCGAGUGGUUGUUGACAAUGAAGUCCCCGUUUUCGUUCAGUAUUCUUCAAAAAUUUUCCAAUUUAUUGCAGAGAGCUGAGAGCUGCCGCAUCAAUUCUUAUCCCGGCUACUCAUUAAGUACUCGCAAUUCAAACAAUAUUACUCUUCAGUAUUGCGGACUUCGGUUGUUUCACUCCACAAGAAAAGCGCCAAAUUUAAGAAAUGAAACUCAUAUGGCCAGAUCAGCUGCUCGCAAUAACAUCCCAGUUUCGAUAUUCUCGCGAUAUUUUAAAAACUUACAGACUGUUCCAGGAAUAAACUCGAAAUUAUUUAGUAAUUCGUCAUGCUUGCUAAUCGUGGACAAGUCGGUGUCAGCGCCUUUGACCAAACGCCAGGCUCAAGAUUUAAUACUUCGACUAACCGGAGAAGAAAGGAACGCACUUCUCUGCGCACUGCAGGAAUUUCAGUCGGAGAAAAUGAAAGCCGAAUAUGAAGGACAGCUGGCCGGCAAGCGGCUGCGCUCGACGUUCGGCCGCCCCAGCAAGGUGCCGCGCCUGGGAGACGUGGACCCCACGGGCGCCUACUGCGCCGUGCCCGAGGAGUGGCUGCUCCGCAAGACCGCCGAAGCAGUUCCUCCACCGUCCUCGACCGAGCUAUGGCAAGUUGCUAUCCACAACGCCCUUCCCUUCGUUGGAUUCGGAUUUCUCGACAAUUUCUUCAUGAUUCUCGCUGGAGAUUACAUCGAGGUGACGAUGGGCACGAUGAUGGUGCUGUCGACGAUGGCGGCGGCGGCGCUCGGCAACACCAUCUCCGACAUCCUGGGCAUCGGCUCCGCGUGGUACGUGGAGCGGGUCGCCGCCAGGGUGGGCGUGCGCACGCCGAAGCUCACCCCCGUUCAGCUGGACAUGGCCUCCUCGCGGUGGGCAGCCAAUAUUGGCCGCGUGUUCGGCGUGACGCUGGGCUGCCUGCUCGGCAUGAUCCCGCUGCUCUUCCUCAACAAGCAGCCUUCCAGCCCGUCCCAGCAGCAGCAGGACGCAGAGCCGACAUGAGUCACCGCCACCGCUGGGACAUCGCGCAACUGUAGUUCUAGUACACCCGUAUGCCAUCCUACGUGGACAGAAAAUUUUCCUUUGUGUUCAUUGGUAUCUGGAUUGUGCUGCACAUUAGUCAGCAUGGAUUGUUUUGGAUAUGAAAUCUUUUCUCUCCUUCUGUGAACUUUCCUGUGAAUGCUAACAUGUAUAUGUGACGAAAAUGAAACACCAACACAAUUAGAUUUUAUAUAAAAAACUAAAUAAAAAGAAAUGCACCUACGGUUCAUGACACCUUGUUUCCACUGCUUUUCAACAGAUAGCAUGCAUAAUAGCAAUAAAUUUUAAUUUUAUUUUACCACUUAUCAAACGUUAUUGAUAAGUCAAGAAAAGAAGCUGUUGAGGAGGUUUGGUUUGUUAUUCAUUUUGUAUUAAUCUCACACAGACCAGAACAUUUAACCGUAUUUUAGAUUGUAAUUCACUUUUUCACAAUUUUUGUUCCAUUAUUUUUUCUUUUUAUCUUUAACCAGUGUUGCAUCGCUUCAAUGUAUUUAAAGGUCGACACGACGAAGCCACUAAAAGAUGGUGUGAUGUGUAUUUAUUUACUGAUAACCAGUUUUGGUCGAGUCCCAGAUUAACAUUACCUCAGAUUAAAGGAGGUUUUCUUCACAUCAAACACAUAACUGGAAGCAACCAUAUUAAACCUUAUGAAAUGGUAAUCCGAGACUUGAAGACGAUUACUUGACAUACGGGUUGUCGAUAAAUAAAUCCACAUUACAGCAGCUUUCAAUGGUUUUGUGAAGUCACUUUUUAAAACUAUUUCUUUUCUAUUAUUUUAUGGCUGACGAUUAUGUCUUCUGCUAUUUUCAGUAUCGUUAUUUUAAUUAAUUUUUUUCGUCUUGGUUGAAUUUUGAAUUCUGGGUAAUGUUCAGUCUUUGAACAAAAAUUUUUGUGAAAUAAAUAUAAGAAAAGAACUUAAUAAGAGUAACCAUAGUUCUUUCAUAUAUGGAACAGAGUCUGGGCAUCUCCCUACUGUGUAGAAGUACGUUUUGUUUCUGCUGACGAUGAUGAUAACCACAUAUCUCUUGUGAUCUAAGACUUUAUAACAUACUUGUUGAUUAAACAAUUCUAACAUGUGCUGACAUCUGCUUAUCAGAGCUUCAGACGACAGAAAAAUAUUUCUUGACAAGAUCCUGUAGCUGGGUCAUAUCAGUGUUUUAGUCCUAGCCAUCUUACAGAAACCAAAAUUUGCUAAGGAGCCCCUGAAUUGCUUUACUGUCCUUGCAAAUCCCUUCUUCUCCUUCUUAAUUUCAAAGCAGUGGCUAUAAUCAGUGGACACCUUACCCUUGUAUCAAGUAUGCUAAUGAUUCUCAGACACAAUUUAACUCAGAGUACACAUGGAAAAAUGUUGGCUACAUUAUUUGUAUUACAAUAGCAAAGCUAAAAUAUCGUACAUGUUGUCAACAGAUAAAAUUGUUGAUCAGCUAACACAACUCUUUAACAAAAUACUGUUAUUGUUAUUUUUGAGAUGGCUUCUAAUGUUACAUGGUUUGCUUGUUAAGCAAAGAAAAUAAUAUGGUCUGUUAAAUGGUUUGCACAGCAAAUUUGUAGUGUUACAGUACAUCAUUAUUUCAUUAUUUUUGUGAGUUCUCUUGCACCUCAUCAUCAGUUUACGAUUUUUUGAAGACUGAAGAUAAUCUGUGAAUGUAUAAACCCCUUUCAUGCAGUCACUAUUCCAAAAAUGAACAUCAAUCCUCUCUAUUACAAUAAAAGAUGAUCCCAAUGUUUUUGGAUACAUAGCUAUAUUUACUGCUGUGAAUUGUUAUUUCCAUCUUAACAUACAUUAAUUUGUAGAUAAACUGUUUGACAAUAUAAUAUUUUAAUGUUUCAGCUUCAAGAAUGUAUAAUGUUGGUCUCAUUGUUAAUAUGAACUUAUUUUUUAUUUUUGUUAACAGAAUAAUAUAUGUAUAUAUCUAUGUUGUAAAAAUAUUUAUUUUUAGCAAAUUUAUGAUAUUGCUUGAUUGUUCUGACAAAAAGUAUAAUAUAUUUUAUAAAUUAAAUUUUAAUUAAUUUUUUAUUAAAUUAAAUGAAUUACAGCCUAACUACCCAUAGCUAUACAUUGUAACAGAUUGCUGUCAUUCAGCAAGUUCUCUAAAGAGAUUUUUUUUGUAUCUCAGAUGUAUAGUUUGGAAUUGGAGCCUAUUAUAAUUCAUAGCAUCAAAAAUUAUUUCUGUUAAAUGAAAUCUACAUGUGCUUCAUAUACACAAAUGAUAAGAAAUAACAAUGCUGUAACUGCACUUACGAAAAUGUUAGAUAUAUGAAAAGGAGAAAUACAAUGUAAUAUUAUUCCUUUGCUUAAGGAAGACACUUAAUAGCUGUCUGUCCCUGCUCAAGGUAUAAGGGAAGGUAGAAGCUUUGUAGCAGCAGAUAUCACAUGCAUCUCUGUAUUAUGUAACACUCUCACAUCUGAUAGGACCAAACCACAUAACGAUUCACACAACUCACUCAAUGAGCUUCAGUAGGAUGCUUUUCCUCUUCUAUUUUGUAAGAAACUAGAUAGCAUCAAACAUAUAUAUAUUGCUGUUGUAACUAAUAGCUUAGAUACUGAAAAUUCUGGUGCUACAUGAAUGUUAUGUAGUAGUACACAUGACUCUGAAGAAAACUGGCAUGUACUUACAAGAACUGAAUUCAAAAAAUAAAAGUAUUGUGAUGAGGUCCACAAAAUUUAUCACUGAGAAGAUCUGAAUAUCUAACGAAUCAUUAUAUUAUUAUGAAGUUUGAUUGUGCCCAUGUAUCUUCCAUAGUUGUUAUCAGAUGGAGCAGGUGCAGAUUACCAAUUUACAUUUGACAUUUAUCUUUUUUUCCUUGAAUUCUUAUGAAGUUUAAAAAACUAUUAAAAUUAAGUUGAUACCUAAUUCUGUGUAAUUGGUUCAGUUUUUAUUUAAUGAGCUUUUCUCUUAGGAAUAACUAGAAACCACAGUUGUCUAGUUUUUAAAUUAUCCUUACUGGAUUUAUCUGAUUUUGAUAUAUAUUAUGUACAUAAUUUCUAUUUUGGUAUCUGUGUUCUUCCUAUUCUAUUUGCGCUGUGCACUGAAAGAUGUGAAUAUUAAAGGAUCUGGCACCUUAUGAGGGUAGUCUAAGUCAUGUUCAUAAAGUGCUCAAUUUAUGGUAUGUAAGUAAAUGAAUUUAAUUACUAGUCAGUGUUACAGUUCUGCUACAGACAUACAGCAAUUUCCAUUUUGAAAUCUGUCAGAAUGACUCAGUGUUGUGUUAAGUGUGACAUGAUUCUGACAUGGAUUGCAGUGCUACAAUUAUUUGCAUCCCAGUAUAAGAAUUGUGGUGCUUUAACUGUCUUGAAAGUCUGACAUUUUUCUAUUAAUUCCAGCUGAAACUACCCACAGAUGUGCACAUAAUAAUUAUAAACAACAGAAACAGUGUUGGAACAGAAAUAUAUUUUUAACGGCCUCAGAAUGUUAAAAAAUAGCUGCUGUAUAUUUCAUAUGAAACAGAUCUAUUUCAUGUUAUGAGUGACUGCCAGUACUUCACAAGAAACUUCUUGUAAUAACUAUUUUCGCAGAAAGCAACUUCCUUCUUGUAUUGUUUGAGAAAAUAAUUAAAAUAUCCAAGCAAUAACA